GUAGACUGGUAUAACUGCUCUGGCUAUCCUCUUGUUUUCCUCGCGUGGUCGACGAGGUCUAAACAAAAUGGCUAUCGUACCACUUAAGAAGCCUAGGAUUCUAAAGAAAAGGGUUAAAAAGUUUAAGCGUCAUCAAAGCGAUCGCUAUGUUAAGAUAAAGCCUAAUUGGAGAAAACCCAAGGGUAUUGACAACAGGGUCAGAAGGCGUUUCUCUGGUCAGAAUUUGAUGCCUAGCAUUGGUUAUGGAUCAGACAGAAGAACAAAACACAUGCUGCCCACUGGAUUUAAAAAAGUCCUUGUCCACAAUGUUCGAGAUUUAGAAGUACUCAUGAUGCAGAACCGCACUUUCUGUGCUGAAGUUGCCCAUGGUGUGUCGUCUCGUAAACGAAAGGAGAUUGUUGAAAGAGCCAACCAACUUUCAAUUCGUUUGACCAACGGUGCUGCAAGAUUGCGCACUGAGGAAUCUACCUAGUUUAAUAAAUUGUGGUUGUAA